GACGCCAGUUGUUGGGACGGGGGACGGGGCUAUACCAACCAGCCAAAACCAAGCAGGGAAUCACACCAUUCACCAAGCAGCAGAUGGAAGCGAAAGGUGGCGCCGCGGCGUGGCUAGCUAGGCCGGCUCGUGCGCACGCGGAGACAGACACGGGACUGGUUGCGUGACCGAGCUCUGGUCUGGUGGCUGGUGCUGAGAGAGAGGGAGACAGACGACCUGCAGCUCGCAUCACAGUCCCACAGUGCAGGAGGGAGUGGAAGAGAGUAGAGAGAGAGUGGGAGCGAGAGCACAGGGAGGGGAGUUGUUUUGAAGGCAACAGCGAGCCCUGCUGUCCCUCUGCUUCGCCACCUCCUCCCUCCCUCUCUUUCCUUCCUCUUGGAGGAGAGAGAAGAGGGGGAGAGCCAGUCAGCCAGCCAGCCCAAGAACAGCGUACGUACGUUGUCAAGUCCCGUCGCCGCCGCAGCAGCUUCGCUCCUCCCGCCCCGCCCACCGUCGCGCGCGGCGGCGGGGAGCGAGCAAUGGAGGCCGGCGGCGCCAGCGGCGGCGACGACGGGGACGGCCAGCUGCACGGCCUCAAGUUCGGCAAGAAGAUCUACUUCGAGGACGCCGGCGGCUCCAGUAGCAGCGGCGGCAGUGGCAGUGCCAGCGCGACCGCGCCUCCAGCGACGCAGCAGCCGUCGCCGCCGGCCGCUUCGCCUAGGGCCGCGCCCGGUGGCGGCAGGAGGGGCAGGGCCGCGGCUGGCGGCGCGGGCCCCUCCUUGCCGCCCGCGCCCCCGCGCUGCCUGGUCGACGGCUGCAACGCCGACCUCACCGACGCCAAGACCUACUACUGCCGCCACAAGGUGUGCGAAAUGCACUCCAAGGAGCCCCGCGUCGUCGUCAACGGUCUCGAGCUACGCUUCUGCCAGCAGUGCAGCAGGUUCCACAACCUGGCCGAAUUUGACCAGCAAAAGAAAAGCUGUCGCAAGCGUCUAGCAGGCCACAACGAACGCCGGAGACGGCCACCUCCUGGACCCCUUGCGUCACGAUAUGGCCGUCUCGCUGCACCGCUCGAAGAGCCCGGCGGCAGGUUCAGAAGCUUCAUGCUGGAUUUCUCAUACCCAAGGGUUCCAAGCGCCAUGAGGGAUGGGUUUCCAGCGGUUCGACCUGGUGGUGAAAGGGUGCCUGGCAGCAAUAUCCAGUGGCAAGCAGCGAGCCUAGAUCCUCCUCCCCCUCACCAUCAGAGCGCGGCAGCAGGAUACGGUGCCCACUCGUACGGGAGCCCGGGUAGCUCGUCGUCGUCGAGGCCACCGGUGUUCCCUGCUGGCCCGGAGCUCCCCCCAGGCGGUGGAUGUCUCGCAGGAGUCCCCACGGACUCUAGCUGUGCUCUCUCUCUUCUGUCAACUCAGCCAUGGGACGCUGCUGGCCACAGCGCCGGCCACGGCCACGGCCACGCCGCGUCACUGCCCGCAACAGCAGGCUUCGACGGCAACCCCGUGGCCAUGGCGAGUAGCUACAUCGCGCCGCCAAGCCCCUGGACCGACUCCCGGGCCCACGAAGGCGGGCGGCGGAACGUGCCUCAACUGCCACCCGACGUCCCCCUCGGCGACGUGCACUCUGGCCCAGGCACCCAUCACGGCCAGUUCUCAGGUGAGCUCGAGCUUGCCCUGCAGGGAAACAGGCCAGCCCCGGCGCCGCGCAAUGGCCAGGGCUCCGCGGGCGCGUUCGACCAGGCCGGCAGCACGACGGAGUGGUCGCUCUAGGAGGCCAAAUAAAAGCGCGGCACAUCGUCGUAGCCGCACAGCGAGAUGGAGCUUGAAGCCUGGCUCCGCUAGCUACCUGCAUGCGCUGUUUGCUUGCCUAGAGGCUAGAGCAUCCAGUAUGAUAAUAAGCGAGGAACUAGUGCAGUGCCGGCCAGGAGACUGAUUUCUUUUGCGCUUGUCCAUGAACUCGUCUGUUGCGUCUAUGUACACCUCCAUGGUUUGAACUCGUCGGGGACUUCGCUCGAUGUGUUAUUAAUCUCAUGCUCAUCCUUCCGCUAA